AUGGAUUCGAUUGAAGCGCCCUCGUUUUCGCUAGGGUUUGACCUUGAUGGGACAUCGGAUCCCAAGCCCGGAGACGAUGAGCCUGAGCCUGAGCCUGAGCCGGGACUUACGGUCUCAGAUUCGGAUCUGGAGGUUGGACCUGGUAGUUCAAGCCCGGCUCUGAAGCGGUUGCGACGCGGAGUAAAUGAUAUGAACGAGCGUUCUGGGGAAGAUGAUGCCACGGAGGAUGACGACGACAUCGAGGAGUUCUCUUCUCCAGAAGAUGCACCUGCAUCGACAAAAAGUCAUUUCUCUAGUUGCAGUUCAAGAGUCUCACUCCGUGCUUCUGGGGUUUUUACUAACCAACCUUCUUCUAUCUCUCGGAGCCCGGUAAAAAGGAUACGCUUGGAUGAUGUUCCACCAUCUACUGGCUCUGGGAUUUCUUCUGUUGCACCACUGUUUCAGAGCUCUAAUAGUAGUCCUCUGCGAAGGUUGCAGCUACUAGAUUCAGAUUCUGAAGAUGACCACCCAUCCACCAGAAGAAAAACAAAUGCUUCAUGCUCAAAGGUUCAACCACCUGUUGCCAGUAAACAAAAGAGAAAGGAACCUAGAGAUCUGUGGAAAGAUUUUCCCCCAGCGGCAGUUUCCAAGAUUCAGACACCAGCUCUGGAUGAUGUUUGUCAGGACUACUUUAGCUCGAUCAAGAAAAACACACCUCAGAAACAAAGCAGUGCUGUGGCAAGUAGUAGCAAUAGUGGAUUGUUUCAGAAAAAUGGGCAUUUCUUGGAUUCUUCCAACCCUACCCCUCCAUCUCAUCGUUUCUUCAUGCACAGUGAUCCAAGGAUCCAGAAUUUAGCCCGGAAGCGGUUACCAAAUUUCUUGCCUCUGGGGAUUUUCAAUGAUAGAGAGAACCGGCGAGAGGAGUGCCUUAUUGAUUAUAUGAACCAAUUUGGCAGCAACGGGAGUUCUAAAACCGGAGUUUCUAGCAGUAAAAGCAGCAGAGGGCAGACAAAGUCAAAGGUCUCGAAGGGCCAAGAGAGCUCCAAAGCGAGAUCUGCAGUUCCAAAGGAUGCUAGCAGAAGAGGUGUAUCAGCUAACGCUGGUAAUCCAGGUCACUGGUUCACAUCCUCAGAAGGAAGGAAGGUGUAUAUCUCUAAAAGCGGACAGGAGUUCUCAGGUCAAAGUGCAUAUAGAUGCUACAAAAAGGAGACGGGAGGCGGAUUUAACAAGUCUAGAAAGAAACGACCGCCAAAGAAGAAGGCGAAGAAUUGA